AUGAAUCAAAUUUCCCAAAAUAUCCUUGUUCAAAAACUGGUUGACUAUAAGUUAAGAAAGAACAAAAACAAGAGAAAGUCGAGCCCUUAGUUUUCACCUCCUAAGAUGCCAAUUUCUCAGAGAUAGACAUCAUUUCCAAAUGGUCAUGCAUAUUCCGUUCAUUAAAAAUUGAAAUCAAUUCAAAGCUAUACCACAGUCCCUGAUUUGCUUGAUCUAUUAAGCCAAAUGUUCCAAAUCAUAUAAUCAUAUGAACAAUAGGCAAGUCAUCUCUGGGCCAAGAAUCUAGAUAUGUUGAAACAAAUUAAGAUUCCCAUCCUUAAAGAAAAUGAAGAUCUCAAGUAGGCAUUAGAAACUUUAAAACAAAAUGAUAUUCAAAAUAGUGUGUAUGGCCAAUUAAAGGAGUAUGACUAAGUUCAAAAGCCAAAGCCUAAGCUCAUUGAUUUAAAACACAUCAAUAGAGAUUCAAAUUUUUAAGAAGAAUUCCUAUCAAAAGUAGAUGAAUUUAGUCUAUCCUGGCGACAAGAAGUACAACAGCUUAAAUAAUUAUGA